AUGCCCAGAGUGAGAACUUUGCCUGUGUCCAGAGAUUUACCACAGAGGAAUGCAGUCACGCUACAGACUGACCCUGAAGCAGCGCCACGUAGCUGCGNCGGCGGCACCGCCGGGCGCCUCAAGGCGCUGGACGCCUUCCUGCUCUACGUGCUGCUCACCGGCGCGCUGCAGUUCGGCUACUGCCUCGGCGUCGGCACCUUCCCCUUCAACUCCUUCCUCAGCGGCUUCAUCUCCGCCGUCGGCAGCUUCAUCCUGGGCGUUUGUCUCCGGAUCCAGAUCAACCCCCAGAACAAGGGCGAGUUCCAGGGCAUUUCACCGGAGCGGGCGUUCGCUGAUUUCCUCUUUGCCAACACCAUUCUCCAUCUCGUCGUCAUCAAUUUUGUUGGCUGAGCUCUUGGAGAGACUGCCAGGUCUUGAACUGCUCCUGAUGGCAAAGCCUGGCACAGGGAAGUGCCCAGCACACUCUCACCUUCUUCCUUGGUGGAGGAAGGGGACCCAGGGCUCAAGAUCUCCCCCCGCAGAGUGUUCUGUGGAGGGGUUUGCAGUCUCAUUGUGUAACUGUGAUCAUCAAUAAAACACUUUAUGACACUGCA